AUGCCAACCGUAGGUAUCGUGGCAUCAGCAUUCUGCGAGGGAGGCUGCAGGAAUGGGGGAACAUGCGUCGCUCCCGAGGUGUGUGUGUGUCCUCCUGGCUUCACAGGAAGCACCUGCCAGACAGAUAUCGACGAGUGUGCCACGGGCUUGCACAGUUGCUGGAAUGACUCGGUGUGCGUUAACCUGGAGGGUGGAUUUGACUGCCGGUGUCCCCUUGGGGAGCGCUGCCCGGGGGACUGUCCACAGGAGGAGGAGGAGGAGGAGCAACCCAAGCGCAACGGUCAGGUGUGGACCUUGGCCGGCGAUCGAUGUUCAGUCUGCUCCUGUCAGGACGGGAAGAUCUUCUGCAGGAGGGCGGUGUGCGACUGUCAGGACCCCGACGUUGACCUGUUCUGCUGCUCAGAAUGCGACAGCAGGGUGACCAGCCAGUGCCUGCAUCAGAACGGACAUCUCGUUUAUCGCAACGGCGACAUCUGGACCUUCAGCUGCCAGCAAUGCCGAUGCCUGCAGGGGGAGGUGGACUGCUGGCCUGUGAGCUGCCCGGCCCUGCACUGCGAGUACACCACCAUGGCGGACGGGGAGUGCUGCCCGCACUGCGUGAGCGACCCGUGCCUGGCUGACAGCGCGGUCUACGACAUCCGGCAGACGUGUACGGACAACCACGGGAUAGCGCGGCUAGGCGGCUCGAUCUGGACCUCGGCCGGCUCACCCUGCACAACCUGCACGUGCAAGAAUGGAAAUAUCUGCUGCUCCGUUGAUGUGGAGUGCCUCUACAACUGAAGCCAACGUUCUGGACUCAUCCCAUACCCGCACGUUCAGUGCAGGCUAAUCGUGAAAGCAUACCGCAAAAAGGCCCUCCCGUUGUCGAUGCAAAUGGAGCAAGAAGUCCAAGAGUUUGUGUGUCAUUGAACAGCCCUGCACUUUUGUAGAUGUCUACUUCCAGUACUUUUCACUUCCCGCACAAGGUUGGGACUUUCCAUUAUCAUACUGUUACAAAAUAUCACUUCUAUAUUUUUUACAAUGGCUCCUUGUGGAAAAACUGGAUGCGUUAUCUGUCCUCACAGAUAAUAUCUGUCCCAAUUUGUUGUCGUGUUCCUUUGUAACUCAAUUAUCUAUAAUAGUGUGUAACGAGCCUUCGAGCUGAAUGUCUUCUGUGUUUUUAAAUUCCAUAGUCUUCUGUCCAAAAAUACUCAACGAAAUGAAACACCAUUGAAGGCCAGUGCUGAACACAAAUUUAGAUGAAGAAGGUGAGGUCCUCUGGAAGAAGGAUCCAAAAUGCUACCUUCAAUUGUAAUCUUUGGUUGGAAAGAUAAAGUGAUAAAUGCUUCCUGAGUUUUGCACUCAACACUUCUCUGGAGAUGUUGCCAAGCAGAAGAUAUCCAUUUUCCUUUCGGUCAAGGAGUAACAACCAAAAAUCUAAAAUGCUACUGCAAUACCUGAAGGUUGGUCGGGUGGCCAAGGCUAACAUGGGCAUCGAGAGGGGCAGAAAGGUUCUUGAUCAGGAAGGGUGUUAAAGGUUAAAGUUUAAGGGGAGAAGGCAGGAGAAUGGGGAAUUCAUUGCUGCGGACGGCUGUGGAGGCCAAGACAUUGGGUUCGCUGAGCAGAGAUUGUUAGCUUUUCGGUUAGGAAGGGUGUCAAAAAUCAUAGCGAGAAGGCAGGAAAAUGGUGAAGGGAGAGUAAU